AUGUUGGCCGCGGGCCGGUCAUUAGACUUCUGGAUAUACCAUGCUUCGAUCCUUCUGGCUCUCUCUCACAACGCGCUCUCAGAUGCGAUUUCCCAGCCAUCCUCGAACAGCACGCAGGCUACACCGGUGACAACAUGUCCAAUAAAGAGUCCGUGGCAGACGGAAGCCGAGCUCUUCCUGUUGCCGCCGUGUCUGGAGACGCGCUGGGGCGUGGGAUACGACAUGCGCCUUGAUUUGGGAGUAUCUAAUGCAAAUGGAAUAGUCAACGACUCAAUCGUUGAUCCGUCCGUCGUAUCAAGCGCCAUCGCAGAAGAGACCGCAAGAGCCGACUCGGUGCCGAGCACAGAACAAGACCAGGACACAGACUCCCUUUUGGACAGUGCGAGCUUUCUCUCAUUCGAGGACUGGAAGAAACAGAACUUGGCGAAGGUCGGACAAUCCGCUGAAAAUAUUGGAGGGAGCAGACGAGUUGCGGCAGCUGGAAAGGAAGACCGUCGGCAGCCAACGGGAAUUAAUAACGCCUUGGACUCCUUGGGCGACGACGCCGAGAUCGAGUUGGACUUUGGUGGUUUCGGCGCUGAGACGCCCGAGGCCAGUCCCACUGCCUGGGGCUCUCAUCUUCCGCCGCGUGAAACCGACCAGGCUGGCGACGCGGAUACAAGAAGCAGCAAGGGCGCGCUUCAGAGAGAUGCGUCGCGCCGGAAGGAUGCUGGCACUACUUGCAAGGAGCGGUUCAACUAUGCCUCCUUCGACUGUGCGGCUACGGUGUUGAAGACGAACCCUGAGUGCAAGGGUUCGUCUUCUGUGUUGAUUGAGAACAAGGAUAGCUAUAUGCUCAAUGAGUGUCGCGCCCAGAAUAAGUUUCUCAUUCUGGAGUUGUGCGAUGACAUCCUUGUAGACACGGUUGUCCUUGCGAAUUAUGAGUUCUUCAGCUCGAUCUUCCAUACGUUCCGGGUCAGUGUCUCAGACCGCUACCCUGCGAAACCAGAUCAAUGGAAAGAACUCGGGGUUUAUGAGGCACGUAACACUCGUGAGGUGCAGGCUUUUGCGGUGGAGAACUCGCUCAUUUGGGCUCGAUACCUUCGAAUCGAGUUCCUCACACACUAUGGACACGAGUUCUUCUGCCCUGUCAGCUUGAUUCGUGUGCAUGGUACCACCAUGAUGGAAGAGUACAAGCAUGGCGAGAGCUCUGAUCGCGCCGAGUUGGAGGAGCUGGCCGCCAGUGAAGCCAAUGGGCUUCCUGAAGAGGAGUUGGAAGCCAGACCCGUCGAUGUGCAUGUAGAAGAGCCCACUCCUGCAGUGGAGCCGACCAUUGCGGACGGUGAGAUUUGUCCGAAUCCUGUCAUAGAGGCUGUUUCGCCUUUUGAUAGACUAUUUGACGGAGCGAUGUGCGGCAUCAACGAUGGACCGCCUAUUGCCGCACCCUCGACAUCAGCCACAAUGUCUCAAACCAACCAACCACUGAGAGAUAACUCCACAGCUACGGAUAAAGGUACUGCUUCCGCUCCCAAUACCGGUCCACCUGCUUCCCCAGAGGUCGCAGGAGACGCCAGAAAGCAGGGUGAAUCUGCCAAAGGAGCCGUGACCACCCCGGACGCCUCCAGCGUAUCGGCGGAGCCUGCUCAGCAGAACACAACCUCUGAGACAACAGGGAAAGCGACCAACAAUGCUAAAGAGGAGCAGAUCAACCAGCCUCCAGAGUCGAGAUCUACUCACACCCAACCCCCAUCUCCCAACCCGACCACCCAAGAGUCCUUCUUCAAAUCCGUCCACAAGCGGCUCCAGAUGCUCGAAUCCAACUCGACCCUGUCGCUGCUCUACAUCGAAGAGCAAUCUCGCAUCUUACGUGACGCAUUCAACAAAGUCGAGAAACGGCAGCUAGCCAAGACAUCGACCUUCCUUGAAAACCUCAAUGUCACUGUCCUCGGGGAACUGAAAGAAUUCCGCGAGCAGUAUGACCAUGUUUGGAAGUCCGUUGCCCUCGAAUUCGAGCACCAGCGCAUGCAGUCCUAUCAAGAACUUCACUCCCUUAGCGCCCAGCUCGGCGUUCUGGCAGAUGAACUGGUUUUCCAGAAAAGAGUCACUGUCAUCCAGAGCAUUAUGGUACUCUGUUGCUUCGCCCUGAUUCUGUUCUCACGAGGGUCGGGUAACAACUAUAUGGAGUUUCCAGGCGUUCAAAGAAUGGUCGCUCGGUCCUACAGUCUACGGUCUUCGUCUCCGAUCUUUGCCUCUCCCUCGGCCAGUCCAAGCCCGGGGUCCACGCGGCUGACCUCAUCCCCCUACGGAGAGAGUGGAGGCCAUCGUCGAAACCUCUCUGACUCGUCUGAACAAGACAGCCCUGUCAGUCCUACGGCGGCUUAUGCCCCACCAACUCCCAGGUCUCCUUCUCCUGAAGAAAGAGAUAUUGAGGAAGCUGACAAGAUGGAAGAGUCUGGCUCUCCUGCAUCUGUGUCUGUGCCUCUACUUGAUACACCGCAGCCUCGUUCUCAUAGCACGCCGCCCGUUAUGAAUGGGCGUAUGGACCUGGAUAUGACACCGGCUGGUGUCGAUCCGGGUACUGUUGACGACAGUCCGCGGUCGCAUGACCUGUAA